AUGGCCUCCGCCUCCGCCGCCGCCGGCUUGGCGCCCUCGGCAGCGGCGCCGGUCCUCCGCAUCAGGCCGCCGCCGGCGUGGACGGCCGAGGAGGACGCGCGCCUGGAGCGCCUCGCCAGGGAGCACGGCUGCCGCCACUGGCGCCGCGUGGCCGCGUCCCUGCUGACGGGGCGGUCGUCCAGGCAGUGCCGCGACCGGUGGCGCCACCACCUCGCCCGCGACGUCUACCACCGGCCAUUCACCGCCCGCGACGACGACGACCUCGCGCGCCUCUACGUCCGCCACGCCGGCCGAUGGAGGGACAUCAGCCGGGCCGUCCACGGGCGCACGUCGCGCGCCAUGAGGCGACGCUGGAGGGAGCUCCGGGACAGCGACGCGUUCCUGAGCAAGCUGUGGAGGCCGCGGCCCCCACCUCCUGCCCCAUGGACGGAUGCAGGCGCGUCCCUCGCACUCGCAGCAGGAUUGUUCACCUGCGCGGGCACAUCCCAGCUUCCUGCAACCUUUCAAGCUAGUUGCUUCCCAUGGGCAAGUCAUGUCAUCCCCGAUGACUUCAAGCGUUCUAACGAGAAGGACGGCUGCUCGCGCAACUACGCCGUCCUCCCGAGCUCCUCCAUCUCCAGGUCGAGGUCGAGCAACUUCUCAGCGCUGGACGCGAACUGCUUCCGGAGGAAGUUCCCGAUGAGCCGUGUGGGCGGGUCCACGCCGCCACCUUCCGUCACGGCGCUCGCCUGCUGCUAUUGCUGCUACGGAGACAGCGAAGGGGACAGCGCAUUCGACGGUGACUGCGGCGGGCGGUUCUUGAAGCUGAACGCCUCGGUGCCGGCGGGCUGCCCAUCGGCACAACCGGCGCCAUCGUUGUUCCAAAACUCGUAG